AUGAGUGACCCUCCAGGGCCUCCACAGUAUGCGCAUACGAAUGCUGUCAUUAAAGCGGGUAAGCUUCGCGCUCUAGAUGAACAAUCGAUGGCAAACCACCUGCAGAGAAUUCAACGCGAAUGUGACAUCUAUAAUCCCGAUAUUGAGCCGGAGCAUCCAGACGGAACUGUGUACUGCCGAUGUCCGAUUCAUAAGUACAAGGCCAGAAAGGCUGCCCGACUCCCCGUUCAGAUCAAAUGGUCAGAAGCCGUCAUGUAUCCAGGAGAGAGAUACUACCAUGACAUCGAAACAGAAAAUACUAUAAUACACAGAAGUCCAUAUCGGUAUGUAUCAAGCUACUAUUGCGCUGGCGGCAUGGGUGGCACCACUACCACAAUUAUGUACGGCGAUGCGCCAAGAAGAAAGCAAAGAUCAGAUUCAUACAACUACUCAAGGUCUCUUGAAAAGACAACCAAGCUGAAUGCGCAGUUAAAUCUAUGCGCGCAAGUUGCGAUUGACAGGAAGGAACCAAUAUCUAAUAUAUGGCAUGUUGAUGGGCCAGAACCCUCGGCGCUCAAUGAGGAUCAUGUCACUAUCUCAUCCGAAAACGGGAAAAGUAUGAAACUUUCCAGACUUUCCGGCUUGCGAAAGGCACUUUUCAUCAAAUCCCCCGAGGAAAAGGAGGCUGAGAGAAAGCAAAAGGCCUUCGCCAAGGGCGAGGAUUUGCGAAUUGAGAUCCUUAACGAAGAAAACGGACGAUGGCCAACCAAAGAGUGGCGAGACAUAGUGACGAAGUACCAAGAACAUGUCGGCAUGACGCAAAAGAUUGCCGAUCUUCGAGCUCGGUGCCCUAUCCAAUACCUGCACCUUCUUCGAGCUGGAUACUUCGAGCCUAUUCCGGUGGAAUGGGCGAAUCUCGCUUCAAACCCGCUAAAGUUUAGGAUCGAGGCAGCGGCUGGAUGGCCGGGCAUUACCCCUACCUGGAGAGGAUUUGAAGACACGGCCGAAGAACGUCUGUACUGGGUCUUGAAUUACAGGGAAGGAAGCAGUGGGCCACGAAUGAAGCCUGACCCCAUUUCUGCGAUGAAAAUGGCCCGAUCUAGGAUGGCUUCUGCCGUGAUGCCUCCCCCUGGAUAUUACUCUCCCGAUGAUGUAUGCCAUGUUCAGCACAUGUCGGACCACUAUUCAAGGCAGGUCAUGCCCACUCCAUUCAAGCCCUCUGAUGUGCCAGAGCUACCAUCAUCGGAUACAAUGAUUCUACUGGAUGUCUCUGGGUCUAUGAACUUCGAACCUAUUCGCCCAAUCUAUGAAGAGGCUCUUAUCAGAGGAUAUGAACACUCCACUCAGCCCAAAAACAAAGAUCUCGCCAAAGCCAUCAUUCGGCGCUUCACAGAUGCAAUGAUCCAUCAUGAUCAUAAUGCAACUGGUUAUCGACUCGCAACUUUCCACGAACAGGCCAAGUACAUCGGUAUACUCAAUCACGAGAACUUCGACAAAAUGUGGAAUGACGUUAGCUUUGGCGGCAUGACUCGAGUCAUGACUGGAUGGCAACUCGUCAAGGAUCUUCAUUUCCAGAAAUAUUCCGAGACAGCAUCGUAUCAUCCAGUCUACGGUUGGCAGGCUGGCCCGAAAACUCCAAAACUCAGACUGCUUCUCCUCCUUGAUGGCGAAGCAAGCGACAUGGAUGAGUUCGAACUCGACCUACUCAGUCUGUCUUGGGUUCAUGUCACGAUCUUCUUAAUUGGCGUUGAUGGAUGUCCGCAUCACCACCGGCAUGCAAAUGAGUUGCAGAGAAUCAGCGAGGUCAACCCUCAUGUCUCCUUUAUUGAUGCCCAAGGCAAUACACCCGAGCGAUUUGUCACGCACGAAUUGUUGAAAAGACACCUCGGCUACGAUAUUACCAUGUCAGAAUUCGAGGAGCUCGAGCGACCGCCUUCUUAUGAUGAGCUAGAAGGCGGGGUAUCAACUGGCGCCGGGCCAAGCUCAGAUGUAACCCCUGCCAAUGUAUCCACAGGAGAUGUGAAAGCAUGA